UUUCAGGAGCAAAUAUAAAUGCAGAGCCGUUUCUGUGCUGGAUUCAAACGGCAGACAGAGAAAGCAGCUAAAAAGGAAAGGAGGAUCUGAAACAAAGAAGCCUCCAGCAGAAUAAAAAACCUGACAUCUCUGAAGAACAUUUUCAUCAGAAUCCACAAAAAGCAAAAUGAAGAGCAGCACAGCUAUUGCCUUCUCCAUCGUGGUAGUCUUGACCUUUCUUGGCUUCAGUGAAGGAAGGAGUGUCAGGAGUCUGGGAGUGGAGCCGCACUGCCGCUGCAUCGAGACGGAGAGCCGGCGCAUCGGCCGCCACAUCGAGAAGUUUGAGCUGAUUUCUGCCAACUCCCACUGCGAGAGACUAGAGAUCAUUGCCACGCUGAAACAGUCAGGUAAAGAGGUCUGCCUGAACCCCGAGGCUCCCUGGGUGAGGAAACUGAUUGAAAAUAUGAUUCCUAAAAAACCCACACAAAGACACGUGAAAGAUGCAAGUCCUUCUGAACAAGUUUAGAGAACUAAAGCUUAAUCCGAUGAUGUCACAGCACCAAGUUUCACUGUUGAAAACGACGACAGAACAUGCUUACAUAUUGUUUGUAUCAAACAUGCCUUUGUUGCUUUCGCUUCUGUAUCACACUUAUGAAGCAUUUGCUUUUCAUACGAUUGCACUGUUAAAGUUUAUUUAUUUAUAUAUGUAUUUAUAAAAUCUGAAUGUUUGUUAAUAAUAAAUGACCUUAA